AGAAUAAGAGCCAGGCUUCAAAGCCAACAUCAAAUCUGCUCUCCCAACCACUUAAGUCUGUGACUGGAAACAGACCUGCUGUGAGUUCCGGUAAGAAAACUCAAGUGCCCAAAAGUUCUGAGGUCAAAAGUCAAGAUGUCUUCAUGGAAAUUUACUCUGGACUGAGAUUAAGAAAACCCCGUGUAUCUUCGGCUGAGAUGGAAAGAAAAAUGACAGGGCGGAAGUUUAUUAGACUUUCUCAAGUGCAAGAAAAACUAGUCUCAAUAAAUCUUGAGGAAGUCGAUUGGGUAACAUUUGGCGUUAUAAUAAAGAAGAUCACUCCUCAGAGCUCCAACAAUGGUAAAACUUUCAGCAUUUGGCACCUGAAUGACCUACGUGACUUCAGCAGAUCUGUCUCACUAUUCCUGUUUGGCCAUGUUCACAAAGAACACUGGAAGACAGAUCAAGGCAUGGUUGUAGGUCUCCUUAAUGCUAAUCCAAUGAAACCUAAAGAAGGAUCAGAGGAGGUGGGUCUGUCUGUUGAUCAUCCUCAAAAGAUCCUGAUUUUGGGGGAAGCCAUGGACUUGGGAACCUGUAAAGCGAUGAAGAAGAAUGGAGGGCCUUGUACUCAGAUCGUUAAUCAGAGUGAAUGUGAAUAUUGUCACUAUCAUAUACAAUCCCAGUAUCGAAAGCUGAGUUCAAAGCGAGCAGACCUACAGUCCACUUUCUCCAACACCCGGGCGCCAAAGAGGACAGCAAGGAGGAACCUCAGCUUGAAAGAAAGGCUUUGUCAAGACAGCUUUUACUAUGGAGGUGUUUCCUCUGCGGCUUAUGCUGCUUCCGUGGCUAGUGCUGCCGUGCCCAAAAAGAAAAUCCAAACCACUCUGACCAGUUUGGUUGUGAAAGGAGUUGAUGCAGUCCUACAGGAAACCAAAGAAAAACUGGGUUUCCCAAAGCAACCAUGUUCAGAAGAGUUCAAAGGACUGUUGGCAGUGCCUUCUUCUGGAGCACGGAACCUCAAUAAACACUUUGCCCGAGCUGGUGCAUUAGGAUCUACUGGGAAGCCAACACCAGCUUUCAUCUCUGUCCCUGCUUCAGCUCUGUUAAAGCAGCAGAAGCGGCAAAUGUUGGAUGCCAGGAAGAGAAAGUCUGAUGAACUGCAAAAGAGGUUUCUUCAGAAUACUGCUGUUAAAAAGACAUCAAUAUUGCCAUCUUCUGUGGGACAGGCUGUGCUACGGUCUUCAACUCCAGGAGCCGAGUUUCCUAAAGCUGGAAAACUGUCCAGCCCCCAAACCCCAAGACUUGGUUCAGGUCUCUCUGAAGGGGAUGACAUUCUCUUCUUCGAUGAUUUGCCACCUCCAUCCCCCAAACUGAGCCCCAUGGCAGAAGCAAAAAAGAUUGCAGCAAUAAAGAAAUUGCGUGCCAAAGGCCAGAUUCUUUCCAAAGUAGAUCCAAACAGUGUCAAACGGAAACGAUCAGAUCUUGAUGUUCCAGGGAUUUCUGAGAGAGUUGAGAAAAAUAUCACUGUUUCAGAAGAUGCUGAAACAUUAGAGCCUGUUGAAAAGAAACAGCGCCAGCAGCUUGAAUACCUGGAGUCUGAUGAGUUUCAAGAGAUAUUGAAUGCUCGAUCUAAACACAUGGGUGUCCUUAAGGAGUUUGAGGCUGAACUGCAGGAACGUUACUUUGAGCCCUUGGUGAAAAAAGAACAAAUGGAAGAGAAGAUGAGGAAUAUCCGAGAAGUGAAAUGUCGCGUGGCAACGUGCAAAACGUGCAAAUAUACCUACUUCAAACUGCUGGAUUCGUGCAAGACAGAACAUCAUGACUAUCACUGGCAUGAUGGGGUGAAGCGAUUUUUCAAGUGUCCCUGUGGGAACAGAGCCAUCUCGCUUGACAAGCUCCCCAAAAAACACUGCAGCAAUUGUGGCCUCUUUAAAUGGGAACGUGAUGGAAUGCUCAAGGAGAAGAAAGGCCCCAAGAUUGGGGCAGAAACUCUUCUGCCAAGAGGAGAAGAACAAGCCCAGUUUCUCAACAGCAUGAAAUAAUGGCUGUUCCCCUUUUCGGUGUUUGGCUAUAUCUGGAAAACUUCAUGGCUUGCUUCUUGCAAAACAUUCUCACACAGCCAUCUUUCCUCUGUGAAGGACAGUCUGCUCAGAAUAACUUUUAUAUUGCUUUGAAACCUGGAAUGGAUGAACUUAAUCCUUUUUCAAGGUCACACUUCACUGGAUUUUGGAAGAAGUGCUUGCUUUCUCAGAUAUCAAAGGGCGUGUUUAGAAAAGGACUGUGAAUUCAUUUCCUUGGAACUUCAGUGGAACUUCCUCUGAGAUUUUUGCAGUUCAGAACGUGGCUGAAGAAUAUUCAGUUCUAUUUUCUGAAGCUCGGCCAUGCCUGGAGAAAUACUUCGCCAGAUAUGUCUUUGUCUAAAGCAGUGUUU